AUGGAAAUUGAUCGUACCGCUUUCUAUCCACGUCUCCUUGAGAUACUCCAACACAUCUCCGAGUCGCAUUUCGUCGCUAUCGAUCUCGAGUUGUCAGGCAUAGCAAGCAAAUCUCGCAUCUCCCAGGGCCGCCAUACUCUCCAGGAGCGUUACAGCCAAGUCCGGGAUGCCGCCAAUCGCUACCAGAUUUUGCAGAUUGGCUUGACGUGCGUGGAGCAGGAUGAAGAGCAGCAAAAGUAUGUUGUACGACCAUACAACUUCAAUCUCAACCCAACGGUAGAGGAAAGCCUGGGGAUUGAGCGUGACUUCGGCUUCAGCAGCUCUGCCGUGGACUUCCUCGUGAGCCACGGGUUUGACAUGGGGUUACCGUUCCAUAGCGGCGUCGGCUACUUGAGCCGAGAAGAGGCGAAGAAGGCCAAGGAGAUAGCGAACGAGAAGUUGACGAAGAGUGAUAUUGCGGACGUCCAGUUGAAGGAGGACGAUCUGCUGAGCUUAGCUUUCAUGAAGAAGGUGAGGAUGGAGCUGGAUGCAUGGAUCAAAGGCGGCAUGUCCAAAAAUUACCUCAACAUCACCUCCAGCAAAUCCGUAGAUCCCCUCUUCCCAGAGCUGAACGCCUUCGAGAGGCGUCUGGUCCACCAACUCGUCCGCGCUGAGUAUCCCGAAUUCAUCACGCUGUCGAAGCCAGCCGCCGUUCAGAUCAAACCUCUCGACGUCGAACGGGAGGAAGCGUACAGGAAACGCAAAAAGAAAGCGGCGAGUCUCAGAAUCGCCGAACGAACCGCAUUCCGCUGGGUCAUCGAGGCCCUGUGUGGCGGCUCUCUUAACCGCAUACAGCUCGAAUGGUUCGCCACAAACCCGGAGACGGGCGAAGCCAAAUACUGCGAUAUCGAUGACUAUAGUGCCAGGUUUGAUCGCGCUAGGAGUCUAUUAGAACGGCGCCGGCCAGUGCUUGUGGGUCACAACGUAUUCACGGACUUGGUUAAUCUCUACAAGUGCUUCAUUGGGCCGCUGCCGGAGACAGUGGAGAAUUUCGCCGAGAAGACCCAUGAGCUAUUUCCGGUGGUUGUUGAUACUAAGUACAUGGCUACACACAACUGUGGAGACAUCAACCCGAAAAGCUCGCUGGAAGAGAUUGAAGAGCAGUUGCGACUACGGGAGAAGCCACAUAUCGAAACUCAUGCCCGGUUCACGAAAUACGCUACAGCCGAGGCAGCCCAUGAAGCCGGUUACGACAGCUGCUUGACCGCACUUGUGAUGAUACUGCUUUCCGCCAAGCUCGAAGCCGCAGAUACCUACACGGGCGACGCCGAAAAGCCCGAUCCGGAAGAUGUUCCUGCUGCAGCACCCAAAGACGCAAAACCAUCUGCCGACCUUAUCCAAAAUGGACUCAACAUACCCCAUGUGUCUACCACUUUCGUAGGCUUGGCUCCGAAGUUGCCCGCUCCAGCUUUGGUCACGCCUCUCCCUCCGACGUUGGCCCCAGCUCCCAUCUCAGCGGCAAAAGCCAAGAAGCAACGUCGAAAGGCAAAGAAAGCAUCCGCCACCCCUACUAUCGAGGUCGCACUUCCAACUGAAGGAGUCCAGGAAGAUGCAGGUGUUCCGGAUUCAGCCACAAGUCGCUUCUCACACGCCAACCCCUUCGCCAACCUAACAGACACCUCCGCCGACGAAUCCAACAGCGCCAAGGAAGAUGUCCCGGUCGCGAAUGGCGACGUGGUAAAACCAUCCACCGUUUCUAGCGACUCACCAACAGACGAGGAAAGAGUCGAACACGUCUGGGGAUCCCCUCUUUCACCUUCAGCCGCUGCACGCAGACCAGGCUGGGCAGUUGAGGAACCUGUAGGCACAGAGCCUCCGCUGCCGGACCUCAGUGCCGUACGGGUGCCGGGCGAAAUGAUGCCGCCUUUUGAUAGCGCCGCCGGGUUCUGGGAGGUGUAUGGGAACAAGCUCCGGGUGUUUGGGACUGUGGAGGCGAUCUGUCCGCUUGUCUAG